AUGCUGGUAUGUUUACUUGGCCAUGUCCGCGGCAUUUUCCAAGACUUGGAAGAUCGACGAGCAGCAAAGGUCCUUAAGCCUUGUGAUGUUUCCAAGGAGAAACUGUUGGAGGCCUUCACAAAAGCGCUGAAGAGCAAAGGUUACUUGCACAAUCUUGUGAAGGCUGCCGUGGCGGAUGAACCGCACAAGCAUUACCAGCCCGAUGGUGCUUCUCGGGAAAGACACAAACACCUCAUCUUUCUGUUUCGAGCUCCGUUUGUGCACGCUGGCGUUCGCAAGCUGUUGGCCGAAGAGUUUGGGUACCAUGGAUUCUUCACAUUUCAUCGCGCGGGCUGGUGCGCCUAUCUGGAUUACCUGAUGAUGGAGAGCGCAAAGAAACCAGCGCAUGAUUUAGACCGUGACCUUGUGUUUUAUCCGUCAAGUUACACCAAGCAGAAAGCUGAUGGCGAGCUUGCAGGGAUGUCCUCGCAGGUGGCUGGCAGAAAGAAGAAUGAGGGGCUGCAGAAAGGUCCGUCGGAGGCCUUGCAGAAACGACGCCGGCGCAUGUCUUUUAGCGAGCUUACAGACUUUGUUGUCGAAAGGAAGAUUUCAACAGUGGCAGAGCUAUGGAAGGCCGCCAAAGAGGAAAAGAUGCGUGGCAACUCUUUGGUUUGGGACCAUGUGGGGCAGCUUCGGGAUCCAGCUGCGGAAGUGCAGAAAAUCUUGGCUGCGUGGCACCGACCUGAAACCUUGGGGGCUUCAACUCUUAUCACCUCACCACGCUUUCCUUUG